AUGGACUCCGUGGGGUUUCACGACUGGGGGUCAUGCGGGUCUCAGUUUUACUGCAUCGAAGAUUCGCGCGAUCGACUUCCACUGCCGCUAUCAGAUGAGCCUGGCGAGCCUGGCGGGCCUGAGCCCGCCGUUGACGGCGGCGCGGGCGCCGCCGCUGGCUCCGUUGACCUGGCCCCCUUCGCUGACGUCGCCGCGGCGCCCGUGGACUCCGUGGACGUCGACGAGGGCGUGCUCACGAUCCUCGUUCUCGGCUCCGACGCCGGCGGGGACGAGAAGAAGAGCAGGCGCCAAGUGCACGCCGACACGCGCGAGCAGCCCCGCACUCUGGUGUUCGAUGGCGACUGCUUGGCCCACCAGUACCACUUGAUCGUGCAAUCCGAGCAGGCGCUGAUGAACGAUUUUAUGCAGGAGCGC